AUGAAUUCAGCAGCAGAGAUAUCAUUUACUCCAAAAUUAACACCGACGAUAACUGAAUUCGCAAAUCUCCUCAACUACAUAUACGACAACGAAGCGUUGAUUGUUCCGUAUGGUGGAUGCAAAAUUAUUCCGCCUCGAGAAUGGGCAAAAGUGAAAACGCU